AUGAUUUUGUCGCCUUCACUGUUUUGUUGUGUUUCGUCUGGAUGCUGCGAAGAUAAUUGAGACAAUCAUUAAUACAUAUAUUGAUCGCGAGAAAGAAAAAAAGCAGGAAUUCAGGUUUUUACGGAAGAAGUGAUAAUACAAUGGGAUCGCAAAAUAUUACUUUAGUUUCGUUUUGACUGUGACCGCGAUCGGACGGAAUUAUUAGAAAAAAAAGACUUUGCUGUGUUCAUUAUUUAAACGAUUUCGUGCGUUAGUAGAUUAAUAAUAUUUAUAAAUUUUGAUAACAAAAUGAAGCAAUAUCUAUGUGUAUUAGCACUAGUUGCACUAGUAGCCGUUGGCAGCGCUCACAGUACGGAUAAAGAUGUGGCAGCGAAAGGCAAUUCAGAUGCAGGAGCGUACGAGGAGAUUCGUGUUGAAUCGUCCCUAAACGUGCGGAAGACCAAUCCAGCUGCGAAACGGCACGUGAGAAGCGUCGUGGAUAUCCUGGUGCCUAGUAAUGCACGUGUGAAGCGGCAAUUUGGUGGCUUCGGAGCAUCGAGUUCGCAGGCCAAUGCGAACGCAUUCAAUCAACAAUUUGGACCAAGUGGAUUCGGAUCCAGCGCUGCCAACGCUGGUGCACAAUCAUUCUUUAACCAGGGCCCAGGAGGUGGCUUUGGAGCUUCCGCAGCAAAUUCUGCGUCCCAAGGAUUCCAAGCAGGUCCCGGUGGAAUAACCGGCUCCGCUGGUCAAUCUGGAAGUCAGACAUACCAUCUUCCCGGAAACCGUGACAUAAGCCUGGCGUACACCGGGGGAUUCUCUGUAGCGGAUGGUAAACCAAGCGUCUCACAAGGAAACUCUAUCAGUUUCAGCGGGUAAUCAGUUGGACAACGGAAACACCGAGCGAAUUUCAAUCAACGAAGAACGUGUUAUAAUAUAUGUCGAAAUUUUUUCGGAA